CCUCAACAACCUCACCUAAAGCUGAGCAACCUUACCAUCAACUUAUAUGGCUCGCUGCCAUUGAACGAUUUUCCCGAGUUGUGUUCCUAGCAGCGUGUUUUCACCAAUUCUAUAACUCCCUCCACACAUAAUGUCUCUCAGCCCACCGGCCUAUUUGAGUUCUCUUCAGAGCAAUAUCAGAGCACGACCCAUCCCAUGGGAUGGUGCUGUCCGUGCAGGAAACCUUACCGAAGACCACCUCAAGAAAAUAAAAUCUGUCGAUAAGGUCAGGAAAGAUCAGCGCAAGCAGACGAUUGAGAAGGACGUCCAGAGUUACAGCGCAUUGCUCGUGGGUGGUGGAAGUGAACCCAGCGUGCUCGAGAAAGCUGCAAAAAGAGGCGAUAUUCUGCAAUACAUUUUGGUGUUGGCUACAGACUUGAUCAAUGAUGCGCCUGAGCUGGCCACCGCCAUUCUGAAGUUGCCAGAUCCAUAUAAGGGCUUCCUUUCCCUGCUCAGUCAUAGCAACAACCCAGAGGAUCCGAUUCCUUUGUUUGCUGCAACCUUCCUGGUUAACCUGAUCUCGAUUUCCCUUACCACCUCUCCCAAGCCUGCCUCCCGAGACGAUAAAGCACUCCCGCUUGUUUAUUCCUACCUGUCCAAGCUCGUCAAAAAUCAAGACAGCGGCCUACAAGAUAUUGGCGUUCAACAUACAUCACAACUACUCCGAACACAACAGGCCAAGGAGCUGUUCUGGAAACAAAGAAGUGACACUGUUGACCCUCUUUUCGACAUUCUCCGGAAAGCUGUAGGAGCUGCGAAAGACAACGAUUCGUCAUUAUGGAGCGGCAAUGCCAGCAUCAGAAGUAGCGAUACCAGACUUGGAGGUGGUGUGGGGUUGCAGCUACUAUAUCACUGCUUGCUCGUGAUAUGGCAACUCAGCUUCGAAGGAGAGUUGGUUGGGGAAGGCUUGGAAGCGGACGAGGAGAUUGUACCGCUUUACAUUCAACUGCUCCGAGUCUCUCCCAAGGAGAAAACCACCAGACUUCUCCUUGCAACGUUGAACAAUUUGCUUUCGUCAAAUCAGGAGACGUUGAUACCCACCGCCACUACAGCCAGACUACCUGCUUUGCUGUCCAAUCUCUCGGGGCGACAUUUGACAGACCCUGACUUACUUGAAGACCUCGAGGCGCUGAAAGCAUUACUGGAAGAAUAUACCAGGAACCAGACGACCUUUGACGAAUAUGCCGAUGAGGUCAACUCUGGCCACCUGCGAUGGUCGCCCCCACAUCGAAACCCCACGUUCUGGAGAGAGAAUGCACGCAAGAUUCUUGAAGAAAAGAAGGGCGAACUACCCAAAAAGUUGGCUGAGAUCAUGGCCAAGCCGUGGGACAACGACAAGAAAGUUUUGGCCAUCGGUUGCAAUGAUCUUGGCCACCUUGUGAAAGAAGUGCCGGAGUACCGAUCCAGACUCGAGAAGCUCGGUCUCAAAGCCAGACUCCUUGAAUUGAUGGGUGAUUCCGACGAGAAUGUCAGGUGGGAAAGCCUCAAAGCGGUCGGUGAAUGGUUGCGAUAUACCUCGGAUCGGUGAGCGGCAGGAUAUCAGCGUGGAACGGACACCAUGAAGGAGCAAUUAAACUAUGAUAGAUGGGGGAACAAGUUGCUUUUGCUGGAUGAGUGGUGGAAAUACCUAGCCAGCCACUGUAGCCACUCUGGGAGAAGGAUUCUGCGCGCGGGUUCUGUCUUUGGAAUCGGGCGGGGCUUUUCAAUCGGAUCCUGCACUGGUGGUCGAAUUCACGGCCUGCGCAUAGAUAGAAUGCCUAAGAUUGGUGACUUAUCAGACGCAAAGCGGUUGAUAAAUUCGGACCAUUUAGACACAUUUGCUUUUGGCUCGUGGACACGAUAGCGCCAUGAUGAUGAUCCGCAUUCGAGCUGUAGGCGCUUAAGACUAGACUCAAUCC